AUGCUGACCUUGAUCGGUUCUUCGCUCCUUCAUCCCUCCAAGCGCGCUCAGCUUUUGGAGAGGGCCAACGCAAAGCUUGGUGGCAAGCUUGCUUCCAUCGACGCUCUUUACAUCCACUUCAUCAACCCCGUCUCUGAACAGACUGAAGCUGUCCUCGCCGACACCAGCAGCCCACAGCAAAAUGUGCUCGACAGCCUCCUCGUCUACGGUGAUAAUGUCGACCUCGAACACACCCGUCCCGCUGUUCAGCGUCUUCUCGCUGAUGGUGCCGCUCCCACCAACGCCGCUCAGACCGUUCUUUUUGUGCUCCCUCGCCUCGGAAGCAUCUCGCCCUGGUCCAGCAAGGCUACCGACAUCGCUCGUAUGUGUACCCUCAAGGACCACGUCGCCCGCAUCGAACGUGGUAUUGCAUACGUUCUCCAGCCUGCCGCCUCAGCCUCGCUCGAGGCUGCCGACAUUGCCCAGGUGCACGACCUCCUCCACGACCGCAUGACUCAAUUCAUCUCGGCUGUUCCUCCCACUGUUGAUGCUCUCUUCCACAAGGCUCAAGCUGCUCCGCUCACUCAUGUCGACCUCCUCGGUGCUGACGGCACUUCGGAUCGCCAGGUCGCAAAGCAGCGCCUUGUUGAUGCCAACGAGCGACUUGGUCUGGCCCUCGCCAAUGACGAGAUCGACUAUCUCGUUGACGCCUUCGUUGCCGGCAAAGGUGAUCGAUCCGACGCUCUUCGCCGCAACCCUACCGACGUCGAGCUCUUCAUGUUUGCUCAGGUCAAUUCGGAGCACUGUCGUCACAAGAUCUUCAACGCCGACUGGACCAUCGAUGGCAAGAACAUGCCCAACACCCUUUUCGGUAUGAUCCGCAACACUCACAAGCUCAACCCUCAGCACACUAUCAGCGCCUACUCCGACAAUGCUGCUGUUAUCGAAGGCUACGAGGCCACUCGUUUUGCCCCCUCCCCUGCUGGCGGCCUCACCGUUUACCAGGGUGUCAAGGAGCCCAUGCCUUUCCUUGCCAAGGUCGAGACUCACAACCACCCCACCGCUGUUUCGCCCUACCCCGGUGCUGCCACUGGCUCCGGUGGUGAGAUCCGUGACGAGGGUGCCGUCGGCCGUGGCUCCAAGCCCAAGGCUGGUCUUGUUGGUUUCAUGACUAGCAACCUUCUCCUCGAAGGCGACGGUCGUCAGCCCUGGGAGGAGGACUUUGGCAAGCCUUCGCACAUCUCGAGCGCCUACGACAUCAUGAUUGACGGCCCUCUUGGCAGCUCUGCCUUCAACAACGAGUUCGGUCGUCCCGGUCUCAGCGGUUUUUGGCGAACUUGGUCCGAGCGCAUCCCCGUCGAUGACAACUCAAGUGAGGUCCGUGGUUACCACAAGCCCAUCAUGCUUGCCGGUGGUCUCGGUAACGUUCGUCCCAAAAACGCUCUCAAGUCUAACAUCACUCCGGAUGCUGCCAUUAUUGUGCUCGGUGGUCCCGGAAUGCUUAUCGGUCUUGGCGGUGGUGCUGCUUCGUCCAUGGCUAGUGGUAGCUCGUCCCGUGCCGCCCUCGACUUUGCCUCGGUGCAGCGAGACAACCCCGAGAUGCAGAGGCGUGCUCAGCAGGUCAUCGAUGCUUGUACUGCUCUCAGCGAUGCUCCUGGUGUCAUCGAAGGUCAGAUCGGCCAGGGCAACCCUAUUCAGUCUAUUCACGAUGUCGGUGCUGGUGGUCUCAGUAACGCUCUUCCCGAGCUUGUUCAUGAUGCGGGUCUCGGCGCUCGUUUCGAGAUUCGUGACGUGCUUGUCGAUGACCCUUCUAUGAGCCCUAUGGAGAUUUGGUGUAACGAGUCGCAGGAGCGAUACGUCCUUGCUGUCAGCGCAGAGGACCUCCCUCGCUUCGAGGCCAUCGCCAAGCGAGAGCGAUGUCCCUACUCGGUUGUCGGUCGUGCCACUGUUGAGCAAGAGCUCGUGGUCACCGACCGUCUUCUUGGCGGUACUUCAAUCCACCUCCCCAUGCCCAUCCUCUUCGGUAAGCCGCCCAAGAUCGCUCGCCAGGCGCAGAGCAAGCAGCCCCUCCGCAUUCCUUUCGACUCUACUCUCACAUCCUACCUUCCCAACAUCAAGGAUGACCCCGUCAAGAUGUUUGCAGAGGCUGUUGACCGUGUUCUCCACCUGCCAACUGUCGCUUCCAAGAGCUUUCUCAUCACCAUUGGCGACCGAAGUAUCACUGGUCUUGUCGUUCGUGACCAGAUGGUUGGUCCCUACCAAGUUCCAGUGGCCGAUGUUGCUGUGACCCGCACCUCGUACGGCUUCAACGAGAGCCUCACUGGUGAAGCUGUUGCUUCAGGUGAGCGCACACCGUUGGCACUUCUCAGCGCUGCUGCUUCCGCUCGCAUGGCUGUCGCCGAGUCGCUCACCAACAUUGCUGCCGCCAGCAUCGAGAGUCUCGAGCGCAUCAAGCUCUCGGCCAACUGGAUGUGCGCUGCAAGCCACUCGGACGAGGGUGCUCGUCUCUACGAAGCCGUCCAGGCUAUCGGUCUCGACCUUUGCCCCAAGCUCGGUCUUGCCAUUCCUGUCGGCAAGGACUCGAUGUCGAUGAAGAUGGCCUGGGAGUCGCCCGAAGGUGAGAAGAAGGAAGUCACCGCUCCCCUUUCACUCACCAUCACUGCUUUCGGUCCCGUUGACGACGUCAACCGCACCUGGACACCACAACUUCGCACCGACAUUGAUGACAGCGUCUUGCUCUUUAUCGACCUUGCAAGUGGCAAGCAGCGUCUCGGUGGUUCUUGUCUUGCCCAGGUUUUCCGUCAGCUCGGUCACGAGGCCCCUGAUGUCGAGGAUGCUGCCGUGCUCAGGGCCUUCUUCGAGGCCUGCUACACGCUCAAGCAACUUCGCGUUCAGAAGCGCGAUGAGGGCAGCCUUGUUCUUGCCUACCAUGACCGCUCAGACGGUGGUUUGAUCACCGCCAUUUUCGAGAUGUGCUUCGCUGGUCACUGCGGUGCCGAGAUCUUUGUCGAUGCUCUCGAUGCCGAGCUGCGCGACCCCGUCGCUGCUCUCUUCAACGAGGAACUUGGUGCUGUCAUGCAGGUCAAGGCAGGUGACGUCAAGGCCGUCUCGGCUGUCCUCACUGCUGCUGGUGUUCCCUCGAACAACUUGCACAUCGUUGGUCGUGUUAUGCCUGACUCGCAGGACAUCAAGGUGGUUGCUCGUUCGCAGUCUUUACUCACGUCGACCUGCGCCACACUUCAGAAGGCAUGGGCUGAGACUUCGUUCCGUAUGCAGAGCCUCCGUGACAACCCGGAGACCGCUGCCUCAGAGUACAGCCUCAUCACCGACGAGCCCACCUCGGCCGCUGCUCUCCGCUACGAUCUCACAUACAGUCCCCAUGAGGAUGUUCUCGGCGCUCAGGUCGUCGAGGCUCCUCUUGAUGCACGACCGAAGGUUGCCAUCUUGCGUGAGCAGGGUGUCAACGGUCAGAUCGAGAUGGCAUGGGCUUUCACCCGUGCUGGCUUCUGUGCUGUCGACGUUCACAUGUCUGACCUGGUUGAAGGUCGUGUGACACUUGACCGGUUCGUCGGUCUCGCUGCCUGCGGUGGUUUCUCGUUCGGUGACGUUCUUGGUGCCGGUAGCGGUUGGGCCAAGUCGAUCCUUCUCAACCCUAGCGUCAAGGCUCAGUUCGUAGACUUCUUCCAAAAGCGUGCCGACACUUUUGCUCUUGGUGUCUGCAACGGUUGCCAACUUCUCUCGCAGCUCGGUGUCGCUGGUCUCAUUCCCGAGGCGCAGAACUGGCCGCUCUUCAAGGCCAACGAAUCCGGCCGUUUCGAAGGCCGUCUCUCGACUGUCGAAAUCACCAAGACUGGCGGCGCACAGUCGAUCUUCCUGGCCGACAUGGCUGGAUCUGUUCUUCCUGCCAUCAUCGCUCACGGUGAGGGACGCGUUUCGUUCCGCAACGCUGGCGACCUCGAAGCUUGCAAGUCCAAGAACCAGGUCGCUAUGCAGUACGUUGAUCAGCGAUACCCCAUCAACCCCAACGGCUCGCCCGAGGGUAUCACAGCCAUCACCGCCAACCAGGGCCGUGUGCUGGCCCUCAUGCCUCACCCAGAACGUGGUGUUGCAUUGACAAGCAUCAGCUGGGCUCCUGCUGAGGCGUAUGCUAAGGGCGAGAAGGGCUGGCAGGGCAAGGGACCUUGGUUCAGGAUGUUUGAGAACGCAAGAAAGUGGGUUGCUUCGCAGCAGUGA